CUGCCGUUGAACUAACUUGAGCUCUAUUUGACAAAAUGCUGACAUUAUCCUACGAUCCGAUUUUCGGACACAAAUCCUAUCAACACGUGCCUUAUUCGAAAUAUUAUAUCACCUAUAAUAUCAGGGGCCAGGUGGAUUAUUACGAGCCAACAAGAAAAAGUAAAUGGUAUCCACAUUAUUGGCCAUCUCAUUUGAUGGCAGAUAAUCCUAGUGAUUUUUCAUUAAGACGCUUACGACUUCGCAAUCAUAUGUAUCGACUUAAGUCAAGUUUGUAAAAGAAAACUAAUUUGAAAUAAAAAUGUUUUGAUUGUGAAAAAAAUUUGGUUUUAAUCAAUGUAUAAUAUUUAUACAGUGUGUCCACCGUACAAGGUAUUUCCUAAGUACGAUUCGU